UAGAGGUAGGAGCUCUGCCAACGUAGGGCGCACCUAGAUUAACACCUGAGAAUCUCUUACAUAAAUUUGCACAUUGAAGUAAGACAAUUUAAACAAUUAUCCGUCGUGUGCUUAACUAUUUACGUGUUCACGAAUUUCCGUCGUUUUUUACGAUUUGUGAUCAGGAUAGCUUAGAUCGGAAGUGACUAUGAAGAUGCACCUCGUUGGAAUUUUGACUAUAUUGUUAAUCGUCGAUACCGAGAUUUUAGGACAUCCUUCACAAGAAAGGUUAAUGCCAGAUGGAGCGCCGGUUCCCGAGGACGCUGUCGAACACGAGGAUUCCGUGGCGUCAGCGUCAGAAGUAGGCGAAGAAUACGACGAUUCCGACAUGUAUAUGGAGCCGGAUGAAUCCGGAACUUUGCAAUCUGAUCGCGUAGAAAAUAGCACGCAAAAUAAUAGCCAAGAUAAAGCGUCUAAUAAUACUACCGACAAGAGCGAAGAGAAAUCGUCCAAAGCUGAAGAAGUUGACGCUUCUAAGGAUCAAGAGACAAAAAACACACGACAUAUCGCCAUCGAACAAUUUACCGAUGUGGGAGAUAGAAGCUUGGAGACGCAGAGUCAAAAUUUCUUUCCGUCUUUCGCAGAACUCUUUACGAACCACCGACUUCCAUUGACGGAACAACAGCAACGAUAUCGUCCUAAUAGAUUUUUAGGAUAUUUCCAACGCGAACGUAAUUAUCCAAGCGCUACGAACAAAGAUCAGCAUUCCUUAUUAGGUUCGGGUAACUUCGGCGUGAUUCGCGGUGGUACUUAUUAUCCGGAAGAUAAGGAGAACGACGAAUAUUCAGUAGACGAAAGCCUCUAUAAUCCGUACUACCAUAGUCGUGGCCGCGCGCAGUAUUACAGGAAUCCUAAACCCCAGCCAAUCCGUGGCGGAGACUUUUUCGCAAAUUUCCGCGAUUUCGCCGAUAUUACGGCUCCGCCAAAAUCCAGUUUCUCACACCUCUCCGUAGUGUACGCCAACAAGAAUGGCAGCGCCACUGGACGUAUCACGGAACCCAGAAACAUCAUCGAGACACUUAGAAUGUUGGAGGAAGAGGAGCGAUCUGAUAUAGAGGAAAUGACCACCACGGAAACACCGAAAAAGAAACAGAGUAAAGGCAAGUGGAAGCUUAUGAAGAUCAAACAAUACGAAGAGGACAAGGCUAGAAGAUCCCGCAUGUCCGUCGAACCACUACUCGCUCUCAGCUGAGAGAUCGCGAACAUCUCUUAAAGUGUACGUUAACGCGGACGCUAACUUCGGGAUUUCUUCCAAACGCGAAAUCUGGCCUCGAGAUCAGAACCAAAGUAUCUCUGAAAAGAGUCGUCUCUUUAUCAUUGGAGAAGAAUGUUUUGAAAACGUGCGUCAGAGACAGAAAAGACUCGCAUCUUUACGUACGAUACUGUGUGCGCGUACCAAACUUUUUCGAUUAAUUCGCAAAGCUGGCGACUUAAAAAUCGUAUUUUGAAAUUAACGACGAGGGAUUUAGAAGGUAUUUAAUUCCUAACGUUGGAACUCCGACGGUGGUCUGUAAGUAUGGAUAAAAUGAGCGACGAAAACAGUUUGUAGUCUUUAAUGUACAAACUUUCUAACAUUUCCUAAACGAGAAUUCGAGAUAAUUAAUUAGAUUAUAAGAUAUUAUAGGAUAAAAAUGCAUUUAUGUGCGAAGGUAUUACAUUAGAAACUGACUUCAAUGAAUAAACUAUUCUGUAUGUUAGGUGAUAAUCGCGUAAAUUUGAGAGAUUCUAAUUAUAAGAUUUUUCAAGUCUACAAUGCGUCGAUUAAAAAAUUCCAUGUGACACUAUGUUAUGCCGACCAUGUAGACACUUUCUGAAGAACUGUUCCCGUUUUGGCAAAACGCUUGCAAAGCUAACUAUUAUGCACGGAGAUCUUUUACGUUGAUUGAAUUCAUCGCUUACACGUAAAUGUUACGCUCGAAUAAGCUUCAAUUCUGGAAUCGUUAACCAACGGCACUUGUGUUCGGGCUAAACCUGAAUUCCAUGAGAUUCGUGCGGCCUCGUUAUCCUGUCAUUAUGCGAAACACAACAUAUAGACUAUAUUAUAUUUCAAAAUAUGCAUGAGAUCUGGUUCUUCUAGUUAUAGUUUUGUGUUUGUUUUUAUUUUAUUUUCAAAAUAAACGUGACUUAGUUUCAUAUUAGAUGCUAAAAAUGCAAAAAUAUGUAUAAAAAAACAAACCUGUAAAAAUAUUCAUACAAAAAUUUCUGCUCAAAUUGACUUGCAAAAAUUGCGUUAUUAUAUAAUUUAUAUUAUAUCGAUUAUAUGUGGUGCUUAUGUCUAUAAUAUUUUAGCUAAUGCGAAAACAGGAUGAUAAUAUUGCGUUUAUUAAAAUAAUAUUAAACACGGGAUUUAUAACUGUGUCUAUCAACGCACAAAAUUAAUUUUAAUUAUAUAUUUUAAGUGAGGAUCCGCAUACAUUUAUUAAACUAAUAAAGACUGUCUAUUUUGUAUUUGUUACUAAUUAUAAAAAUACAUAUAAAUAUUUCUCUCAGUGUUUGCAGGUUUAACGAGAUUGCCAAUCGAUCUCGAAAUUUAUAAAGAAAUCGUUACUUAUAAUUAAUAAGAAAAUUUCUAAGCAUUUUUGCCAUUCGUAAUCACUAUGAAAUAAAAAACACUUGAAUAUUUGCGCUGGAAUUUCUGUACAAUUCCAAGAUGAUUUUUACUUCAGACGAAAUUUGCGGUGAAGAUUACCGCAUUAUUUAGCGAAUAAAAAUGCGAUUUUAAAUUAAUGGAGAUUCGUUACCGUAGAUCUCGACUUAUUGUUAUUUUACUUGUUGUUGAUUAUUUUAACUGUAUUUUUAGGCUUACUGACCUGCGCUAACAAUAUAUCUAAAAAGUGUGCCUCAUUCAUCUCAUUUCAUUCCGAAGGGGCAUAGUAAAAAAAAUUGAAUAAAGUAUAUUUUUUGAAAAUAA